AUGACCUGGCAACUUCUAUUUCCCGACUUUUGGGGAUGUAGUAUGGCAAUAUCGGAAACUCCUCCAAGAGGGAUGGAAGCUGUCGGUACUCAAUGCAGCUAUUAUAUAUCCACAGCUAGCAUUAUUGGCCGAAAAGUAAUAUGGAAAAUCGAAAAUUCUUUUGACGGACUUAGUGAAACAGCACAUACCGACCCCAUGGCUCGAAAUGUUAACAUUUUUUUUUUCGCUAUUCAUGAACUGAGCCAUUUUGAGACCCGAAACCUGAAAGUAAUUUUCCGAACUUUUCAUAUUUCGUUCUUUCAGGACGAGGCGAUCUCAGUGCUUAGCUGUAACAACUGGGACCUAGCAAAAGCAACUGAUUACAUUUUUUCCUAA